GAAUCAAGUAAGGCAUCGUCGUCAAUCACACAACCCCAAAACCCUCUCAAACCACACAGACACAGACACAGACACAGACACAGACACAUUCCAUUUCACUCUCCCAGUGAGAGAGAAUUUUUACCAGAACCAACCUCGUCGUCAAAUCAACUAGCAACUAGCUAGGUUCCAUUUUGUUUUUGGCAAUUGCCCAAACAAACAAUAACAAAAGAAAACAAAGCUCUCUGGUUGGGCCUAACUGACCCUUCUCUCUCAGACCUGCAAAUCCCAACAAGCGUCUCUCUACCGCUUAUCUUCGCAAAUCUUAUCCACACCUCUCUGUCUUCUUCUUCAUCAUCAUCAUCAUCUUCUCUGCUGCACAAGAAAACCAUAUCUAAAUCUCUUCUCCUCUCCCUUAUUAAAUUUAUUUCCUUUCCUCUUCAUACCCUUGUUGGGUCUUUUAGCCCUGUUGGAGUUUUGGUUAUCCCUUUAUCUAGCUAUCUCUCUCUGACACCCUCGAGUAAUCGCCGUGCUUAACGCAUACCUCUAUUCGAUUCAGUCGAGGGUUUUUCUUUUCUACUCUACCUUAUCAGUUCCUAUCAGUUUUCGGAAAAUUUGUACUCUCCUAGAAAAAAUGGCUUUGGCCUCGGCUUUGCUGGAGAUUCUGCGAAGGCCCACGAUUGUUGAAGUGCUUGGGGAGCUUGUGAAGUUCAUAACCCCUCUUUGGAUUGCUGUGAUUGUCGGGGUUUUCGUUGGGUGGGCGUGGCGGCCUAAAUGGGUGACCGUGGUUGGUAGAGAAUUGUUGGAUAGCUCCACGCAAAAGGAGUCGUCUUCCUCAUCAUCUUCUUCUUCUUCGUCGCCACCCGCACCAUCCACGUGUGGGAUUUCGAUUUCGAGUUUGAGUUCGUUGCUGCCGAAUUGCAUUCCUUGGGCUGCUGACGAUAGAAAUCAGAACCAGGCACCUACCACCAAUAAUGAUUGCAGUUCCUCACAGAUUGAACAAGAAGAAUCCUGUAAUGUCUCCAAUGAGGAUUUACGCCACAUAUGUCAGCUUGUGGAGGAGAAAGAUGGCGGUCCUGCUUGGAUUCAUAUGAUGGAUCGGUCAACCCCAACUAUGGGAUAUCAAGCUUGGCGUAGAGAUCCUCAGACUGGACCUCCACAAUACCGAAGUAGAACUGUAUUUGAAGAUGCUUCACCUGAGACAGUGAGGGAUUUCUUUUGGGAUGAUGAAUUUCGUGCAAAGUGGGAUGAUAUGCUUAUUCAUGCUUCUACUUUGGAAGAAUGCCCGACUACUGGAACCAUGCUAGUGCACUGGGUCCGCAAGUUUCCAUUCUUUUGUAGCGACAGAGAUUACACGAUAGGCCGUCGCAUUUGGGAAUCGGGGCGAUCAUACUACUGUGUAACUAAGGGAGUUCCUUCCUCUGCUGUGCCAAGGCGGGACAAACCUAGACGUGUUGAUCUGUACUAUUCAAGUUGGUGCAUUCGUGCAGUUGAAUCAAAAAGAGGGGAUGGCCAGCUUACUUCAUGUGAGGUUUUACUGUUUCACCAUGAAGAUAUGGGUAUUCCAUGGGAGAUUGCGAAACUUGGUGUUCGUCAAGGUAUGUGGGGAGCUGUUAAAAAGAUUGAACCAGGCCUACGUUUAUAUCAGAAGGAAAGAGCCGCUAAAGUGCCACUUUCGCGGUGUGCUAAAAUGGCUCAGAUCAACACGAAAGUCAGUGCUGAUUACUUGAGAUCGGUAGAAAACAGCACUAAGGAUUCCAUGGAGGUUGAAAAUUCAGAUCCAGCGGAGAAACCAGCAAGGAGGAACAUACCUAAAGCUCUAGUUGUCGGAGGGGCAAUAGUUCUUGCUUGCAGUCUUGAUCGGGGCCUCUUGACUAAGGCAGUUAUAUUUGGAGUAGCUCGAAGAUUUGCCAAGAUCGGGAGGAGGUUGUGAUCCAACAUGGUUAUUGCUUCAUUCAAGAGACGGCAAAGCUAAUGUCUGUCAAGAGAAUUGAGGAAUUGCCAAGUGAUGAAUAUUCGAACUUGCCCCCUUUCAACAGGAUCGGAGGUGUCGCAUUCUUUCUACAUUUUGUUUUAGCUAUGAAUAUAGCUUUAAUUGUAUAAGUACCCCCAGGCCGAAAGAGAGGAAAGCAAGACGAGAGAGCGUAUAGCUAUAUUCAUUAAAGUAGGAAAUGUCAUGAAAGGAUCUUGUUCUGCAAGAAUAAACAGAAAUGCUCAGGUUCUUUUAAUGUUCAUUUUCUUUCUUCAA